UGUUUCAUGAGUAAACCAAGAAUUCCCUCUGUCUGCACUCAAAGAACAAGAGCUGCAGACGGCUAAUACUAAAGCCAAACACCACCCUUUCACUUUCUCUCAGCCAAGCCCGAAGGGGGGGAAGAUGUCUUUUCAACCACAGCAGCAGCAGCAGCCACUGCUGCAGCCGCAGCCGCAGCAGCAACAGCAGCCCGUUGUGGUUUACCCCAGCACCGUCACGGGUCAGGCGCCACCUUCUCACCAUUCAAAUGGGUCCUUCGGGUCGGUUUUCAUUGUCCUGGCCGUAAUCAUUGUUGUCUCGGCAAUUGCUUGCUUUCUUGGCCGGCUCUGCAACCGGCGCCACCGCAGCCAAAAACCCAAGCAAAACCACCACGUCCGUCCCAAGGAAUCUGGAGGUGGGGACAUCGAGUUCGGGUUUGAUAAUAAGAAAGGUCCGGCUCCUAAACCGGGUGGAAAUGGAGGAAGCAGAGGACACAAGACAUUCGAAAAUGGUGACCACAUCAAAGGCGGAAUUAAACCUGUUGAGCGUGAAGGAGCCCACAGAUCCGGUGCAUGAUAAUGGGUGCAGAAACAGGAGCUUCGAUCUACAUAAUUAUAGCUAUAUCUACCCGAAUCGCAUUUCCAUCACCCCCUUCGUUUUUCUUUUUUUCUUUUUUUCGAAGUUUUUCGACUGUAUCCUUACAUUAUUUCCAGGCGAAACUUGAAAUAUGUAAUUACAUAUGGUGUUGUAACGUGCAGCAAUUUGAAUUAUAUAUCCGGCCCCUGUCACGGCAUGGCUGAUGGUUACAACAAGUUUUGAGGUCUCUCUGUUUCAAUGGCCUAUAGUGGACGACCAUCGUAUUUGCUACAUAGCUAUACGACUGUCGUUGUGGUUUAUGAAAUG